UCUCUCGUGCGCGCGCAAAAAGCAGCUAGCUCAAAGCUGGCGCGCGCGCACGCGCGUCUUAAUUGCAAUUGCCAUUUGUGUGUGUGUGUGUGUGUGUGUGUGUGUGUGUGUGUGUGUGUGUGUGUGUGUGUGUGUGUGUGGGUCUGUGUUGUUUUCAUUUUUUUGGGGAAAAAAAAAAUUAUUGUUCACGUUUCUCGAGCCAUGCAGCUCGAGCAGUGCCUCUCACCGGCGCUUGCGCUUUCCGACAAGUGCUCGCACGUGGGCAGCGGCUGCCGCGCGAGCUCGCGAGGGUCCGAUCUCGCGCAUGCCAUGAUUACGCGCGCCGGCGACGGCGGCGACCUGGAGAGAAGGAGUUCACCUGUGAAAAAAAACUGCAGCGGGAUGACGAAUGAGUCCGAGGUGGACGCCUUCGCGGACUCUAAGGGCCCGGCAGGGGCCGCCCAGAGCGCCAAACUCUCUCCUGCCCUCGACGGCGCGCCCGACAUUCGCCACACCUUCGAUGGCUGCGCGGCAGAGCGCUGCCUCGCGCCUCCUCCGUCCAGCCACGCGCCACCGCCGCCGCCACCACCACCACCGCCGCCGCUCUCCGCGAGCCCUACGCCCAUGUUCCCGUACGCGAGCCAGCACGGCGCGGCGCACGCCGCCUUCUCCAUCGCCAGCCCGAGCCGCUACAUGGCGCACCACCCGGUGAUCGCCAACGGUGCCUACAACGGCCUGCUGAGCGGUGCGUCCCCGCAGGGCUACGCGGGCGCCGGCUACCCGUACGCGCAGCAGUACGGCCACGCGUACCAGGGCGCGCACUUCUACCAGUUCCCGUCCGCUCAGGCGGGUCUGGUCCCGGGCAAGGCGCAGGUGUACCUGUGCAACCGCGCGCUUUGGCUCAAAUUCCACCGACACCAGACCGAAAUGAUCAUCACCAAGCAGGGCCGGCGGAUGUUUCCUUUUCUGAGCUUUAACAUAUCAGGUCUGGACCCGACUGCCCACUACAAUAUUUUUGUGGAUGUGAUCCUGGCUGACCCGAACCACUGGCGCUUUCAGGGGGGGAAAUGGGUCCCGUGCGGCAAAGCGGACACCAAUGUGACAGGGAACAGAGUGUACAUGCACCCGGACUCUCCCAACACUGGAGCGCACUGGAUGCGGCAGGAGAUUUCAUUCGGAAAACUCAAACUAACCAACAACAAGGGAGCGACCAACAACACGGGACAGAUGGUGGUGCUACAGUCUCUGCAUAAGUACCAGCCCAGACUGCACGUGGUGCAGGUGAACGAAGACGGAACCGAGGACACGAGCCAACCGGGCCGCGUGCAAACCUUCACCUUUCCCGAGACCCAGUUCAUCGCGGUCACGGCCUACCAGAACACAGACAUCACACAGCUGAAAAUCGAUCAUAAUCCGUUUGCUAAAGGAUUCCGGGACAACUACGACACUGUCUACACAGGUUGCGACAUCGACCGGUUAACGCCGUCCCCGGGCGCGUCCCCGCGCUCGCAGCUCGUGCCCGGCGCCAGAUACGCGGUGGCGGGCUCCUUCCUGCAGGAGCAGUUCGUGGGCUCGUACGCGGCGGCCAAGUCGCGCUUCCACGCGGGCGCAGGCGGCGCUGCUGGCGCGGAUCGCGGCGUGCCACUCGCCAACAGCCUGUUGUCGCCGCAGCCAAGCGACGAAGCCGCGGUGGGCUCCCCGCAGCGCUGGUUCGUCGCCCCGGCCAACAACCACCGCCUGGACUUCGCCGCCGCCUCGGCGUACGACGCCGCGGCCGCCGCCGCCGCCGCUGAUCUGGCCGGCAACGCGGCCACGCUGCUGUCGUACGCGGCCGCCGGGGUCAAGCCGCUUCCGCUGGGCGCCGCGGCGGGCUGCUCCAACCGCGCUCUCGGCUACUACGGCGAGGCGCCUGCGUGGGGCGCGCGCACCCCGCCCCAGUACUGCGGCGGCGGCACGGCCGGCAUGGGCGCCACGUCAGUGGGCUCCACGGCGGGCACCGCCGCCAAGCCGGGCUCCGUGCUGUCGUGCUGGGGCAGAGCCGGCGCCUCCGGAUACCUGCUCGGGCUCGACGACAGUGACGGCGCGGCGGCGCCCGACAGGUCCCCCCUGGGCGCUACGGACGAGGCCAGCAAGGCCAAGGAGCUGUCCGAGGCCGCGUGGAUCGAACCGCCCUCCUCCAUCAAGUCCAUCGACUCGAGCGACUCGGGCAUCUUCGAGCAGGCCAAGCGCAGGAGGAUGUCACCUUCGGCCACGCCGCUGUCCGAGACGUCGUCGCCGUUAAAGGCCGAGAUCCUGGCGCCCAGGGAGUGCGAGAAAACUUGCCCCAAGGACAUGGGCUACUACAGCUUCUACCCUCACACCUAGGGCCCCUCUCUGAGGAGCCCCGCCAAUAUUUACCCGUCUACUCACAUUUUAACCUAGGCUCAUUAUUUAUUCUGUUUAUUUACGUGUCUAUCGUUUAUAUAUCUAGUUUUACCAACCUGUCCUUACUGUUUCCUGUAGACAUAAGGCUCGCGCUCUUUUUGAAUCCUUAUCAAAGGUUUAUAAAAAAGACCUCGUUGGCGUUGAUGGCCAUGUAACUAAAUAAUGUACAUACCUAUCUAGACAUCUCAUUAACAGUUGAUGGACAGCAUGGAAGAGAACAGAAAGACUAGAGUCGUUGUGCUCUUAGAGCCUGUUUCAAGCAGCCGUAAUGUUAGAGGAGAAGUUGGUGAAGCCCAGCGUGGUUUUUAAUCCCACACAAGACUGUACUGCGGCCCGACCACCAAACUUUGGCUAGUGAGUGGAGUAGAGAGCAAACGGACCAUUGCUCAGUAUUGCUGUUGCUUCGUAGCCUCGCCAUGUCUCUUUGGGAAAUCUAUUAGUCUGUAGUUUCAUUGUUGCUCUUAACGUUCAUCAUUUUGUAGGCUGUACUUUGUUGUAACGCUGUUGGUAGGCCAUUCAUCAGUAAAUAAGAGAGAAAAAAAUGCUAAAUAACUCUAAAGAUUGAAGGCCUUGGUGUUCUGAGGCCAGCAUUCACUGGUUUGUACAGGGCAGGCAUCAUUUUCCAUACACCCCUCCACUGUGUUACCAUCAAUGACGUUUUUGUGAUUUAAUGGGCGUUUUGUUCCACAUACCAGCAUCAAGUCCAUUAGGCCUGCUGAAAAGCUGAUGUAAUUGUGGUGUGCUUCUUUGCAAUAAAUAUGAAGAGAAUAUGAACCUCUUGACAAAAUACCCUGCAGGAGACUUCAAAUCAAGGUUUCCUAUGUGUUCAAAUCAACUGUAGGUCAUUUAUUUGAACAGUUCGUCCAAAUUGACGUCAGUAUGUCGUCCAUCCUGAGACAUAUUUGGUCAGCCACGUUUUUUCAUGUAGGAAUUCAGUGUUACGGGUUGUAAGAAACUCACGUAUGUUACAGAUGAGGCAGGCAGAUUAAGGCCUGUUGGAGGCCUGCAGUUUCACCUGCACUGAUGCUGGAUCAUCUGCACAGUUGAGCUUUUGUGUUCUGAUGAUUUUCCUCUGGGAUUGAUUCAUGCACCUGUAUAGCAGCUCUGCUGUGCCUCUGUAGGCCUAUUAAGGACGUGCAAGUCUCACCGUCACAGUCACACUCUUCGAGAAGAUGGAGCAAAAGGAAGCGCAUUUCGUUUCUGUGGGCUGGUUUACAGUAAUGAUGUUGCUCAGGUCGUUUUAUAACCUCGUUUGAGAAGUUCAUCUGAUUAGAUUCAUUAAAUAAUUAGACUUAAGAUACAUUCAUCGAGUGAACAGUAAACUAUUAUUAACAAUAGGCUAUAUUUCAUGGCAGACCUGUAGGCAACAACGGUCUGUCCGUCUCUAAUGUGGCCUGUGAGGGCGGCAGUGGUGCUGUAAUCAUAGCAGUCUGAUUGGAACUAAACUCUGUGCGGCUAAAUGCGUUGGUUAUGCUAUCAGUCAGGCGUGCUUUGGUUUUCGUGCUGUGGUCAUCAAAUGUGCUCAGUUUUUACUGCGGACAGCCCUUGUGGCAGCAUGCUGUGUAGUGGCGAGGCUUUACGAUGCUGCCACCCUGUGGCAGAACAAUGUGGUGUCUUAAUGGAUUUGGCAAAACCUCCACCGACAAUCCGCUUCACAGAGAUAAUAAGGCUAGUUACUGAUAUUUUGAAGAAGAGUUUCAGAGUCUGGCGUCUGCCAGUAAUCGUUUUCAUCGCGCUCUUCAGAGGAACGUUCAUAAGAAUCCAACCUCGAUUGCUUGAGCUUUACAUCGUAGCCACCAGAGGGCGACAGCAUCGUUUCUUUCAGAGCAAGAGCUCCAGAUGUAGCCUACUGAGCUUCAUAUGUAGCCCACUGUCUCAAAGGCUAAGACUGGAGUCUGUCCACUCUACAGCCUAAUGUCCUAAUGCUGAAUACAAGGCAUUAGUCCGGCCAGCAUUUUCAGUGAUCCAAUAGUGCACAGUGAUCCAAAUAUAGGCAAACUGAUAUCAUAACUGACCAAAGGAAAACAUGUCCACCUCCAAACUAGCAACUAAGGUAAAACCGUGUUUAACUUUUAAGGUGAGUCAAAGUAAAGAGGUCUUUAUUCCAAAUGAUAGAGCACUUGUGUUGGUCCAUUCAUCAUGAAAUUUUCACACAAUGUAAAGGAUGGCUGCUGAUGCAGAAAAAUAAAAAUGAACAAAAAUGGAGACUUUUUUUUUAACAGGGAUGAUAUACGUAAACAUAUCUCCAUCUCCGUUUAAGAAUACCAUAUCAAGCAAUAGCUAAACUUGGUCCCUGAGACAUUAGAUGGAACAAACAGUGAACAAAAAUAUACUUCAGCCCUUACAUUCAUUAGUUUAUAUCUGAAAGGCAUAAUUUAAUCCAUUAAAUCGGACUUCAGUGGAUGAUUACAGUUUUCUCUGACCACUGAAAAGUCUCCUUAUUACACCAUUACUGUCAGUUGUUGAGCACUGUGUUGUCCUGACGUUGGUUGAGAUUUUCAUUAAACAUUGAAUAAAAGUGAUGGAAAUAGGCCAGAGUAGCUAGGGGCACUACUACAUCCAUCUAAGACAUCUCCCUCAGAGUGAGCUAAAUGUUUCUCCUCAAAAAACUUUUUUUCAGAGAUUUUUUUGAGCUUUGAUAAGGGUAUGAAAUGACCACCCAUAGGCUUCCACAGUGCACAGACGUACCUCUAAUUUUGUGUUCAAAGUGAUCCUGUACAGUUGCAUGCCAACAACAGUUCAACAUCACAUCCUUGGGCUAUUGUGUGAAUUAUAAAAGGGUUUUUAAUGUUUUCAUUUUCAUAAAAAAAAAAAAAAAUUACUUAUUAUCCUAAUAGCUGCUGUUCUAGCUGCACUUGCUUCAGUUAGUUGUGUUCCUAUACUGAAGAGGAAG